AUGCUCUCUCUCUCUCUCUCUCUCUCUCUCUAUAUAUUUAGUUCAUUGAAUUCACAUCUAUAUCUAUCAUAUCUAUCUAUCCUAUCUAUAUCUGACAGUCUGUCUGUGUCAGAGAUCAUAUAUUUCUGUCUAUUCUUAUCUAUAUCUCUCUCACUGUCUGUGCAUCUAUCUAACUCUGUCUCUCUCUCUAUAUAUAUUUUUUUCUUAGAAAAUGCGCCAACUUCCAGUUACUUAUCUAUCGAUCUAUCUGAAUCAUUAUUAUCUAUCUAUCUAUCUAUCUAUCCUAUCUAUCUAUCUAUUUAUCUAUCUAUCUAUCUAAAUUUCAUAUAUCAGUCUAUCUAUCAAAUUAACAGUUUCACAUCUAUCUAUUUAUUUCUUCUCUCUCUCUUGUAUUCUUUUUAUAUCUAUCUAUCUAUCUAUCUCAGUCUGUUUACAUCUAUCUAUCUAUCUAUUUAUCUAUCUAUCGAACUCAGUCUUUUAUGUCUCAAUCUAUUUUUAUAUCUAUCUGAGUCUUUUUAUAUCUAUCUAUCUAUCUAUCUAUCUAUCUAUCUAUCUAUCUAUCUAUCUAUCUCAUCUUUUUAUAUCUAUCUAUCUAUCUAUCUAUCUAUCUAUCUAUCUAUCUAUCUAUCUAUCUCAGUCUUUUUCUAUCUCAGUCUUUGUAUAUCCAUCUAUCUAUCUCAGUCUUUUUAUAUCUAUCUAUCUCAGUAUUUUAUAUCUAUCUAUCAACAUAUUCUUAUAUAG